GUGGCACUGUUUGAUACUUGUCACAAUGAAGCUAAACGUAUCAUAUCCUGCAACAGGAUGUCAAAAAUUGUUUGAAAUCUCAGAUGAACAUAAGCUUAGAAUUUUCAAUGAAAAGCGCAUGGGUGCUGAAGUAGAGGCUGAUGCUUUAGGUGAUGAAUGGAAGGGAUAUGUUGUUCGCAUUUCUGGUGGCAAUGAUAAACAAGGAUUCCCUAUGAAACAGGGUGUCCUAACUAAUGGGCGUGUACGUUUGUUGCUAUCAAAAGGACAUUCAUGCUACAGACCUAGGCGUGAUGGUGAACGUAAACGUAAAUCUGUCCGUGGGUGCAUUGUUGAUGCUAAUCUUUCAGUGCUUGCUCUUGUCAUUGUUAAGAAGGGAGAAAAGGAUAUUCCAGAUUUAACUGACAAAGAUGUACCAAGACGUUUGGGACCUAAGAGAGCAAGCAAAAUUCGUAAACUCUUUAAUUUAAGUAAGGAUGAUGAUGUACGUCGGUUUGUUGUAAAGCGACCAAUACAAAAAGAAGGCAAGAAACAGCGCACUAAAGCUCCUAAAAUUCAACGUCUCAUUACCCCAGUUACUCUACAGAGGGCGCGACAUAGAUUGGCUUUAAAGAGAAGGCGUAGCUUGGCCCGCAAGCAACAAGCCGCUGAAUAUGCAAAAUUAUUAGCACAGAGACAAAAGGAAGCAAAGAACAGACGCCAAGAAGAAUUGAAACGAAGGCGCAGCGCUUCUAUGCGAGAUUCUAAAUCAUCCAGUCAGUCAGCACCCACCACUCAAAAGUAAAAU